AGAAGGCCUUUGUCAAAAUCAAAAUUUGAAAUAAAUUUUAUUCUAUAUAACAAUUUUAGGUUAUGUUUGAUUUUGUUUAUAUGACUAGUAUUAUAUUGUGUAGUUGAAAUUUAUUAUAAUGGAAUGAUUAAUGAUUUUAAAUCAUUAAAAAUUCAAGUAGGUUACUAUAGAUUGUAAAAGAAACAAAAAUUUUUACCCACACUUUUGGUCUUCUUUUCAACUCUCCAAGUAAAUUUUAUAAAAUUCAAUUACCGUACCGGUAUCAAAUUCCUCAAGAAGCUAGAAUUGAUGGUGUGAUCCUGACGUCAACUGGCAGAUAUCGAGGAAUCUCAACUGCAAUUAUUUGAAUUCACCAACAGAACACAUUCUUUGGACUGGCACUGAAUAAUGGCUGCUCCAAUCUCGAAGGAACUUUUCGGCAAGGACGGUGACGGGAAUCCGGUUCAUAAAUUCACAAUGAAAAAUAAAAGUGGAUUUUCUGUUGAAGUCAUAGAUUAUGGAGCUGCAAUAAAAAACCUACUAUUACCAAGCAAGAAUGGUGGUACGACCGAUGUAGUUCUAGGAUUCGAUAGCAUGGAAGGAUACUUAUCGGAAGUGAAUCCGUAUUUUGGAGCCACAGUGGGGCGUGUAGCCAACAGGACAAAGCCAACUAAUUUCGAUUUCCACGGACAUAAAGUGGCUCUGACGCAAAAUGUCGAAGACUUUCAUUUGCAUGGUGGAUUUAAGGGGUUUGAUAAGGUUAUUUGGCAAAGUGAAAUAUCUGGUGAUAAAUUGAUCAUGACUUAUGUUAGCAAAGACGGGGAAGAGGGCUAUCCUGGCACAUUAACGGCUACUACCUCAUUCCAGAUAACCUCUGAUAACUCACUGAAAAUCGUAUUCAAGGCAACUACAGACAAGCCAACAAUAGUCAAUCUCACCAACCACUCCUACUUCAACCUGGCUGGACAUGCUGCAGGUUCCCAAGCGUUGAUGCAACACAAGGUGAAAAUCGUAGGAAACGAGAUAACCAAGUUGAAUAGUGAGUUGGUAGCUGAAGGUGAGAAAAUGGACGUUACUGGAACAGCGUAUGAUUUGAGAGCGCCUACUCAGUUAGGAAGCGUGUUCAGUAACUUGGAAAACGGAUUUGAUGUCAAUUACUGUCUAACACCACAUUCAGAUGAAGAAAAAUUGGCAGCUAGUGUCUCCUAUGAACCCCUCGGCUUGGCAAUGGAGGUGCACACGACAGCUCCUGGAGUGCAGUUCUACACAAGCAAUGCUAUUGAUAAAAUAGUUGGUAAAGGUGGAGCUUCAUACACGAAAAAUGCCGCUCUUUGCCUUGAGACUCAACACUUCCCAAAUGCUGCUAACGUUAAAACAUUUCCCUCAAUUGAGUUACUCCCUGGUGGCGAAUACAUGCAUCAAGUGACUUACAAAUUCACCAAAAGUUCAUCUUAAGCUUCAAAAGCGACCAGUAAGACUAACGAAAAGGCUGUGCCAAGCUACUAAUGCGUUAUCUCUCAUUCAAGAUUGAUUAAUAAGUAAGAAAAACAUUCCCAUUGAUUUUAAUAAUUCUGCCUGAAUGCACUUGAAUCGAAUAAUCUAUUUUUGCCUAAAAUGCAAAAUAUUUACCAGAAAGUUCACUAAGAAAUGUAUACCCAAUUAUGAAUAUUUAAAGUAUCUGAUGCAUAUCAUCGAUUUUCACUUUAUACUAGAGUAAUAGUAGCAUAACACUCUAAAUGCUACACAAUUUAGCAGGAAAUUUAUUGAGAUGAUGAAAAUUUUUAUAUGAAGGAGUAACAUAUUUACACAUUAAUAUUAAUUAUAAUACUGGAUUAAUAAUUCAUAAGCUACCAAUUCAUGCUUCAAGUUAAAAAGAAAAACAGUAAAUUCGCGGGUUUUCAUUAAAUUUUCAGUUAAACAUUCAGUUUUUAUAAAUAUUCUUCAUAAAUAUUGAAUUGCAUAACAAUUCUGACAAUCUUGUGUACUACUUACUGAUAUAAUAUUGAUUUAUAUUAAUCUGUUAUUAAUUAUUGUAAUAUAUUAAAUCAAAUUAUGAUAUAAUUUUAUUGAAUUGAUUAUUAAUCUGAUAUAACCAUGAGUAAUGGAUAUUCAAGUCAGUCAAACUGCUUGCAAUACUGUUCGCUUUUAAUAAACAACAUAUUUUUUCAUCA